AUGGGCCGACUCGUGGCCCCAGCUGUGGCUGUGCUCUCGGCCCUGGCUCCUUUGAGUGCCGCUUUGACCGUCGCGCCUGAGGCUGCAGCCCGAGAGUCGGUGGUGACUUUGACCUCCACCUACACCUACACCGUGACCAGCACCAUCACCAGCACAUCCGCCUUGACUACUACGGCGACCACUUGUUCCGCCCAGACAUAUGCCGAUCCUUUGUGUACCCUAGAUGGCGCGUGGUCGCUGGCUGGGAACUGGUUUCAGCAGUGGUGCUCGGGUAUGUCGUUGGAGGGGGGGACGACCGUUCAGUCUGCAACCUACCUAUCGCUAUAUGCAUGCGAGUUGUACUGCUAUCAGUCUCGCCAGGAAUGCGAUGGCGUCAAUUACAAUACAGCAAACCAUAUUUGCUACCUGGUGACCGGCUCACUCACCCCAGUUUCUGCGUCUUCCUACAAGGCCAUGAGGCGCUUCACCACCAAUCCGUGCACGGUCACCGAGACCUUUAUUUCGACCCAGCUUUCCACUGAAACAACAACUGUGCUUUCGGUGGCGACCUACACGUCGACCAGUAUGUUGCCUACAACAUCGUCGGCUAUUGAGAGUACUAUAUCUGCAACACCGUCUUCGUCCGUCGCGUCCAGCUCAAUCCCUGCCACACCGUCGGCAUCUUCUUCCUCUCCAGUGCCUACCCCAUCUGCGAUCCAAUCCUCAUCGGUGCUCGUUAUGCCAUCUACAGUCGACUCGUCCACUUCCGUCUCGCCAAGCUCAUCCGUUUCUCCCUCCUCCACCCCCCUACAAAGCUCCAGUGCCAUCCACAGCAGCACCCAUACGCCUUAUCCAGUACCAACACUACACCCACCUCACUCCACCAAUACCCCCAAUCACAACCACACCACCCCCUCCCCCUUGAUUCCCGCAGAAACACCCCACUCAACAACCUCCACCAUCCUAUCCACCACAAUCCGCACCAUCACCGCAUGUCCGUCUUCCGUCACCGACUGUCCCGCUACUGAACGGACGACCGUUGUCACUACAGAGAUUAUCACCAUAGUGACUACGAUUUGCCCUGUCACUGCGGAAGCUACAGCUACUACAACACCUUCUCCGACAGAUCUGUCCGGAACGGAGAUCUAUACUGAGUGGGAAUACUCGACGGUGUAUGUUACGGAUAUUGUGACGGUUAAUGGGUGUGGGGAUGGUAAAUAUACAGCGGAUUUUUUAAGAGAUAGAAUUAAGUGGGGUUUAUAG